AGGCAGACACAGGCAUCGAGGCUUGUCGAAGGCUAGACCAGCGCCUUCUUGCUCUAUCCCGGGUCUUUGAGCGUCAUUCGCUUGUCGACUCAGGGCUAUCCAUGUUGGACACCUUUUUCAACUUGGCAUCCGCCUCAACCAGCACAAGAGUCAUGGCAAGCAGGCGGUUGCUAAAAGCCUGGUAUGGCGCAGCGCUUCGUCCUGACCUCGACCUGGGAUACAUAUAAAAGACAGUGACCCUCGCCAAAGAAUCUGCCACCUCGUGGAACCAGUUCAUCAUCAUUGCUGAUAGUCUUCUAUCGCCUCGAUUCUCUCUUCGCCCUCCCAUACCACUUCGCUGAACACAUCGAAAGACUGUUGUCAUACACCAUGUCAGGACAACAGGGUUAUUAUCCUGGGGCCGUUUAUGGUGUCGGAUACCAAGAUCAGCAACCACAUCAAAGCUAUGAUCCACGACAGUACCCCCAGCAGCCACCUCAAGGUUACGGUUCGCCGCAGUACUCUCAACCCCAGAACCAGCAGUACUACCGCCAGCCUUCUGGCAGUGACGACAGGCAGUCUGACCUUGUAAACUGGCAAGGAAGCGUUUCGAGCGGUUGGUCGAGCGAGGAACCCAAGCACCCCUCCCGACGAGCAGACACCGACCCCAAUCGAACGAACGAGUUCGUUGAGGAGGCCCGGAGGGGCCUAGGCGGGUCCGGAAAAAAGCAUUCGACCAAGUCUCGUAAAACCAAGGAUGACCACAGACGCAAGGCGAACAAGAACAUCGACCAGUUCGACAACAGCUUCAACACCGCAGGCACUCAACCAACUCAGCAAGACCAGCAGAACUGGCAUUACAACCGGUAGGGCUGUACAGACUCAAACAAGCAUAACGGAGACAAGGACUAGCGCUCUGAGUCGCGGCUCUUGAUGAACGGUGUGUGGGUGGCUUGGCUCGACUAUCAUUCCCUAGUCGGGCGUGAAAGGGUGUUUUGGAAGGAAAAUCACUCGAUCCUUUUGGACGGUGUGGCUUGUUUGGCUUGCUUGUUUUGGCUUCUAUAUCCCCCCUUGCGUUGCUCUUGUUUCGUUUACCCCAUAGAAUGCUGCGCCUCACAGCGGCCGAUAUACUGCUGUAUCGCCCAUGAUCCGUCUUCUCUUA